GUGAUGAUAAGAGAACAUCAGCUACAGCAUCAUUUUCAUGUUUGCAGCCGCUGAGUGCAGACAGGUGCAUCUCUGACGUCCUGCUGAUCCAUCGCAGCAUCUCUGCUCCUGAUCCAGGUAUGGCACACUCCGAGGAUGAGUACGACUCUGUGAAUGUGGUGGAGCUCAGUGCCGCCAGCCUCCGCCGCCACCCAGACUGAGCCAGGGGCCGCGGCGUAUCGGGGCGGCUCAGACCCUGCUCCUCCUGCUGGUGAGCGUGGUGUUGUGUGCCAUGGCCAUUAAAGCCAUCGUCUACCUUCUCUACCAACCUGGAUCUGUUCCCUCCACUCCGUCCCCUGAGCUCGUCGGAGGUGAAAAUCUUCCUUCCCCCAGUACACAGCCCAGUUUUCAUAUGCCAGGAUCCAAACCAGCUGCACUUCUGACAGAUGGACCAGAUGUAGCUCAUGGACCACAGAUCAUGGCCUGGAGCACGGAUCACAUCCCUCUCCUCCAUGAAAUGGACUACAAAAAUGGCAACCUGCUCAUUCAGAGGGAUGGUGUUUACUAUGUCUAUUCAAAGGUUCACUUCUUAGACAGCGGCAAAUUUUACCAUUCUCUCGUUUGGUUUUCCACAGCAUAUCCAAGAAGUGUUACCCUCCUGACGUCCAGGAAAUCCUCCCCACGGUCAAAUAAAACAACAUCCAGCACUUUCCUGGGUGGAGUGUUUGCGUUCCAUAAAGACGAUGCUCUUCAUGGGAAAGUCAGCAACACCACAAAAAUUAAGAGACUUGGACCUUUUGAGAAUGUGUUUGGUGCAUAUAUGAUAUAAAUAUCCCACUGAUCACCAUCAUCUGAUGUUCAUAUUGCUACUGCUGUUUCUUUACUGCAGACUGUUCAUGUCAUUGUGUUGUUUUAAGAGCUCACACCUUGAUGCAUCUAAUAAUCUAAUGAUACAAUAAUAUAUAAUAAUG